GGAGCCCUAGCUCUGAAUUAGACGUCACCUGCUUUGUUCCUGCAGUCGGACCCAGUGAGACUGAAGAAGAAAAGGCACUCUUGUAUCCGCCACGCUUGGGCAUAAGCUAGAAGGAUGAGGCUUCUCGGUCGACUACGCUCCUCCACUCCUGAGCCUACCUUCUCCAACGUGCUCACCCCGGGCCGCAUCCCAGAGUUCUGCAUCCCUCCGCGGCUGCCGGGCCCCUGCGCUCCCGAAUCACCGCUCCUGGCCGCCGCACUGCCUUGGCGCUGCGCGGCCGAACCCGACCUAUGGCCGCGCACCCCUGAAGACCGCGAGGACGGUGACGACGACGGUGCGGGUCGCACCGACUGGGACCCGCGCUCCCAGGCUGCGCUCUCGCUGCCGCACCUGCCGCGCGCGCGCACCGUUUACGGCUUCUGUGCGCUGCUCGAGAGCCCGCACACGCGCCGGAAGGAGUCGCUCUUCCUCGGCCACCCGGGCAGCCCGCGGCUGGGACUUCGCCACCGUGCGCACACUUACGCGUGCCCGCGCCGAGCCUCGGACUCUGAGCUCAAUGCCCCGCGCGUUCUGGACUCAGCCCCACCAGCCGCUCCUGUGCCCUGUAUGCGCCGCCUCCUGCACGCCCCCGAAGGUCUCCUGAGCCGAGCGCUGCGGGGCCCCCGACGUGCGGCCAGCGCGCGCCCAGCGUCCAGCGGCGACGAGCACGAGCGCGCCUCCUCCUGCGCGCCCCCGGCCCCCACCGGCCCGGAUGCCGAGCGCCUGAAAGCCGAGGCCAGCGUGGCUCUGGGCCGCGGAGGUUGCACGCUGCGCCUGGCGGCCGAGUACUGUCCGCGCAGCGCCUGCCUCCGCCUCCGCCUGCUGCGCGCUGAGGGCCCGGCCACCGCGCUCGAGCCCCGCGCCCUGGGCUGCCGCCUCAGCCUGGUGCUGCGGCCGUCGGGCCAGCAGCGCGCCAGUGUGGUCCGCCGCAGCCGCAAGGCCGCCCUGGACCAGGACUGCUGCUUCGACGGCCUCCCGGAGGAGCUGCUGCGCCGCCUGGCCGUGCGCAUCAAGGCCGAGAGCAAGGGCCGCGGGCUGGAGCGCGGACGACCGCUGGGCCAGGGCGAGCUGCUGCUGGGCUCCCUGCUACUGCUCUGAGCCUGGCUUCCCUGGCGCCCUGGACACCUAAGUCGCUUGGCCCUGAGAUUCACAGAAACUCUUGGCCCUGGACACUGAAGGCCUCUUGGCUCUGGGUCACACACAGCCUUUUGGCUCUGGUACACUUUCUCUUUUGUACAAAAUAAAAUUUAUUUAUUUUUCUAUUUAU